AGCUCACUCCACACAAAGAUUCCAAAACAAGAAUUAUGACCACAAUGCCAUCAGCGUCCGCAUCUCAUGUUCAAAAACAUGAAGAGAAACUUCAGAUUGUCCUCCUUGGAACAACAGGCUCUGGCAAAAGUGCAACAGGCAACAACAUAAUAGGAAAAAGGAAGUUUGAAUCUUUUGUCUCUGACCAAUCAGUCACUGUAAAAUGCCAAACAGAGAUGCAGAUGAUCAGUGGCAUCAAGGUAACAAUUAUAGACACUCCUGGAUGUCACUGCACCAGGCUGUCUCAUGCAGAGGUCAUCUCACAACUAAAGGAGCUGACUGAAACUCUUGAGCGGCCAUAUGACUUCCUCCUGGUCAUACCUGCUGGCUAUUUCACACCCCAAGAGAAUAAGACUGUGUCUAUGCUCCAGGAAGCUCUAGGAGAAUCGUAUCUCUCUCACACAGUCAUCAUAUUCUCAAAAAGUGAUAAUCUUGAGCUCAAAAACAAAUCUGAACAGGGUUUUAUUAAUGAAGGAAAUAAAGAGCUUCAAGAACUGAUUGAAAAAUGUAAUGGCAGAUACCAUUUUAUCAGCAACAGGUUAAAGAAGGUUAAUGAUAAUAAUAAUAAUAAUAAGUUUGAUAAGUUAGUCAGUGACUUGAAUGAGGUUGCAAAGAAAGAUGAAAUCCUACCAACCACACCAGCACACCCAGAGAAGAAGAGUAAACCAGAGAAUGGAGAGGACUUACAGGGGGAAAGGAAAUCUCUCAUAACAUAUUCAGAAGCCUCCGAGACACAGCUAUUAGCAAACACGUGUUUAUUGGGGCUUGGGAUGAAAGGUGUUGGGAAAACAGCCUCCAUUAAGAGUAUCCUGCCUGCAGCUGAGCUCACAGAACAUGAAGGAUGCUCCGUAUACAGCACUGGUCAGAUGAAGAUGGUCGAGUGUCCUGGCUUCGAUCAGGACCCAGAUGAGAUCAGGGAGGCCAUCCAGAAAGGUCUGCGUGUGUGUGCUCCUGGGCCCCACGUCAUCCUGAUUGUGAUGAAGGUGGACCGCUUCAGUCCUGCAACAAAGAAAACCAUGCUGCAUGUCCAGACCUUCCUUGGGGAAGCAGCUCGGAAACAUGUUAUCAUUCUCUUCACCAGGAAGGCUGAUCUGGAAGAUAAAAGUAUUGACAAAUUCAUCCAAGAAUGUGAAAAUCUUCAACAUUUUGUCUGUGUGUUUAGCAGCAGAUACUUUGCCUUGGAGAACAGAGAUGCUGCAAAACAGAGUCAGGAAUCGGGAAUCCUUCCAUGCAGAGAACAGAGUUGACAUACAGUGCCAGUGAGGGACCUGCUGAACAUGAUUGCAGAGCUGCUAAAGACCAACAACAAGCCCAUUUACACCUUCACAGGGAGUGAGAAGCAACCCACCUCUGGCAGCCAUUCACAUCGAUGGCAUAACACAAUGUGUAUAUUUUCCUGGUCAAGGUGCCACCCACUAAGGGUUUGUGUGUAUGAAU